GUAGGUAUAAUUUCUAAAGUAGAAGCAUUAAGCAUAAACUCUUCUCUAAUAUAUUUCUCUUCUUACAAACUAAAUGAGGAAGACUAAGAGUGCAUUUGCAUUGAUAAUCUUCGUAUGGGCUUUCAUCACCCCCACUAUAGUUCAAUGGUCCUCUGUUGCUGCUCAUGCAGGGCCACAAUGUUGCAAGAAUGCCCCAAAAUUGAACCCAAACAGCGGAGUUGGGCAUGUUGAAGUUAUUGGUGGCCUCAAUUCAUAUGUCUCUGGCUCAUCUCAUCAUCACCAUGCUAUUCUCCUCAUCUCCGAUAUUUUUGGAUAUGAAGCUCCAAUCUUAAGGAAACUCGCAGACAAAGUUGCUGCUGCUGGUUAUUACGUAGUUGUCCCUGAUUUUUUCCAUGGAGAUCCCUACAAUCCUGAUAACCCUGACAGACCUCUACAAGUUUGGAUAAAAGACCAUGGAGCAGACAAAGGAUACGAAGAGGCAAAGCGGGUGAUUGAGUCUUUGAAGCAGAAAGAUAUAUGUAAAAUUGGAGCAGCUGGCUUCUGUUGGGGAGGCAAAGUGGCUGCGCUACUAGCACAAAGUGAUGAAUAUAUACAAGCAACCGUUCUCUUACAUCCUUCAGCAGUCACUGUGGAUGAUAUCAAAGCUGUGAAGGUACCAAUUGCUGUUCUUGGGGCUGAGCUCGACCAAGUAUCUCCACCUGAGCUCCUGAAGCAGUUUGAGGAGGCCUUGAAUGCUAAGCGCCCUAAGGUGGAUGGAUAUGUGAAAAUAUUUCCUGGAGUUGCGCAUGGGUGGACAGUGAGAUAUGAUCCUGAAGAUGCUGCUGCUGUCAAGUCUGCUGAAGAAGCUCACAAGGAUAUGCUGAAUUGGUUUAAGAAAUACAUCAAGUAAAAGAUAUUAAUAUGUCAUAGUUAAUGGGGAUGUAUCAAAUACUAUGAUCAUGAUCUAUAACAUUGUAUUCAAGAAUAAUCAAUUUUAUGUGAUGACUAUUGUUUGUUAAAUCCCUUUGGUAUUCUUGUUGGAUAGUAUAUACUCUAACAGUAUGUAAGUGAUAGUUCUUCUCUCUCUCUCUCUCUCUCUCUCUCU